UUGAUUUUGUUUUUUUUUUUUUUUGAGUUUUUUUACACUCUCCAAACUGAAGUUUGAUGUUCUGAUUUAUCAUUGAUGAUGGUGUUGAUUUAUUAAUGGUGCUAUUAUCAUAAUCACAUUAUCAUAUACGUUGGAUUUGUUUGUCGAUGACAACAACAAAUGAUAGACAGUCUUUUCUCCUUUGCCUUUUUUGUUGUUGUUUGUCAUUGUCCAUAUAUACUCAUUUUCGAAUUCAUUCUGAGAUUGCUGAACAAAGGUGUUGAUUUUGUGUAUGUGUGUUUGUGAUAAUAAUCAUCAUCAUCAUAAUCAAAAUUUCGAAAACUUGGAAUUGAUCGUUUUUUUUCAUCAUCAUCAUUUAUACUACACAAAGUGAAGAGAAAAAAUUAUUAAACGAACUUUCAUCGUCAGCUACAUUUUCUGGUUUUCAUAAUAAUAAUUUAAUAAUUGAGUGGAAAAAAACGCCUCUAAAUUUGUGGUUUUCGAAAAUUGUAAUAGUUUUGAUUUUGAUAAAUAAUAUGCUUAGUAUUCUAAGUGCCAUUAAAACAUCACCAUAUGAUCCUUUAGUUGAGAAAGCAACAUCGGAUCAGAAUACAUCGGAAGAUUGGCAACAAAUAUUGGAGAUAAAUGAUCGUGUUGCUGUCGAACAAAACGGACCAAAAGAUUGUAUGCGUUCGAUUAUCAAUCGUCUAUAUUCCGAUGUUCCUUGGGUUAUUCUACAAACAUUAACACUUCUCGAUUCAUUGGUAAGCAAUUGUGGUAAACGUUUUCAUUUAGAAGUUUGUUCUCGUGAUUUUGAGGCUGAACUUUUACGGUUAAUUCGUGGUGGCAAAAAUAUUCAUCCAAAAGUUUCUGAACGUACACGUUUAUUGUUGAAAAAAUGGGCCCAAUCGAAAGAUUUUAAGAAAGAUCCACAGCUUAAUCUGAUACCGUCAUUAUAUGAAAAAUUAAAAUCCGAAGGUAUAUCAUUUCAUUCAUCCGAACCAUCGAAACGUAAAUCAUCAGUUCCGGACGAAACAAUGUUGAAAAAUCCUGAUUACGUUGCCAAUGCUGAAGAGGAAGCUCAGCUAGCUAAAGCUAUCGAAUUAUCCAUACAAGAAGCGAAAAAACGAGGUAUCAAAACUAACGACACUGCACCAGUAAGUACAACAACGUCAUCAUCAUCUAGUUCAUCGACCAAUCAUCAUUCGACAACAACAACGACAUCAUCACUUUAUCCAUCAUUCAACAUGUCCGACAUGAAUAACACAACAGCGUCUACGACGAAUAAAUCAUCAGAGGCAAAAGAACCUAUCAAAGCUCGAGCCAUAUAUGAUUUCGAAGCAGCCGAAGAUAAUGAACUGACAUUCAAAGCUGGUGAGAUCAUUCUGGUUACCGAUUCAUCCGAUGCUAAUUGGUGGAAAGGCUCUAAUCAUCGUGGGGAAGGCUUAUUUCCAGCUAAUUUUGUUUCGACCGAUCUAAAUGCUGAACCAGAGUCUUAUAUUACCACAACAAAGAAUUCGGAAUCGAAAAAAGUGCAAUUUAAUGAAGAGGUGAAAGUUGUCAAAGUGGAUAAAGAUGAAAUCAAACCAGAAGAUGUUACGAUUGAUGAGGGCAAAAUAGAUGAGCUAAUGUCAAUGCUACAAGAAGCUGAUCCAAAAUCAUUUGAUGAUCCGGACGAAUUGUUACGAUCAGAGGAACAAUGCUCGGCAAUGAUGCCAUUGAUUGAUCAACAAAUGGAAUCGAUUGAUAAAAUGAAUGCCAGGCUCACAUCAUUGAAUCAACAGCUAUCAUCUGCAUUGAAUCUUUAUCAUGAUUUAAUGAAGGAAAGUUUUCUCAUGGAACAGAUGGCUUCAAUGCAGAUUCAGUCGCAAUCAAUGAAUCCAUACACGGCGGCCACGGGUCAACCACAAUUUCCAAUGGUCAACGGUGUUUUGCCGCAAUCUUAUCUACAACAAUCGCAACCACAACCAACGACCGUUGAAGCUCAACCUGGAAAUUAUUAUUCACAAGCGACAAUAUCGUCGACGAUGUCAACACCGGCGGCUACAGGCUCGAUACCAGUGUCUUAUGGCACACAACCGGUCUAUCAAUCCCCAUAUACAAUUCCCCAACACGGUGUCUAUCAACAUUCGGAUGUGAAUCAUAUGAAUCAACAUACUCAAAUACCACAAAUGAUGAUGGCAUCAGCAUCAACAGCGACAGCAACAUCUCCAGGUGGGCAAAUCAUGAUUUCUUCACACCAACAUCACAUCUCGCAGCAGUCAUCAGCAGUAAUGACCAGUCAACCGAUGACAUCCGCGGUAGCAACACCAACCCCACAGGCAACAGCCGUGCCGAAUCUUCUCUAAAUUCGACACUUAAAUACAAACCCCUUUCUUCUUUUUGUUGUGAACAGUCCAGAAUUGAUUUAAUCCUCUUUUCUUUUUCAAAAUAUUCAGAUUGUUUUUCUAUAGAUAUGGAUUUGUAAAUUUUUGCAAUAUCACCAUACACUUACACCAAAUUGAUUGGCUAUCCGAGUUAUUCGAGUUAUAUACAACCCGACACACAUACACACAUUUAUUUAAUUAAAAAAAAUUGAAAACUUAA